CCAGCAUAAAUGACAUGCUUAAACAACCAUUGAUUCAUCAAUGCUUUUUUUUUCGAAGAAAAAAAAGACGGAAUUUGAUUUUGCGUUUGAAGUUGACGCAGCGCGGUUCGAUGUAAGGCAUUUUGGAAUAACCAACGGAACAGCGUACAACAUACUUACUUGUUAUUUGAGAAACAUCCGUAGGAGUCUCAGAAGAGACGCGCGUUGUUUUGAAUAUAUUUUGAAACAUAAAAGGAAGGAAAUGCAUAAAAUUCUGUUAAUUUGGCACUUCAUCCGUGUUAUGGGGAUAAUCGACGGAAAAUACGUACAUUGACUCCAAACUUUCGCUUGAAUACAGACCGUUGUUCUUCUUCAUCUUCUUCCACAAUGAAGAAGAUAUUCUAGAAUUGACUACGUCUACGAAAAGUGUUCGCCAACGAUUUUGCUGGCACUUCAUAACAUUUCGUUUGCAAUUCACGGAAUUUCAUUUCGACUCGCAAUUGAAUGGAAAAUUAAAAUGAGUUGCACUAAAAAUUCGAUUGCGUUCUACUUCUGGUUGGCAGUUUUCCAUUGCUGUCGAGAGUACGAAUGGUGGAGUUGAACGUAUUUCAAAACCGCAAUCUCGAUUUACUUCAUAGUUUGCAGUCAAAUUGCUGUCAAAAGAGAUUAUGACUCAUUGGCUCAAUUCCAUAGCAUUUGUUUGCAUGAGAAUAAUAAUGCGCGAUGAAACAUUUUUUUUCCAACGAAAUCACAAAUGUUUGUAAUCAACGGUGAAUAACGGUGUAUCUCUCUACAAUCAAGUUCGUUAUGCGUGCGCGCGAGCGCUCGCGUCGUUCGCACCUUCAUUUGGAAUUCCAUAGCACAAUUCGUUUGGUGUAAUAAUGUUUAUCAGCGACGAACAUAAUUGAAGCUCCGAAUGCCUUAUCAUUGUUGGAACACACAGAAAAAAUAAAAGAAAAAUGAUAAAGCGAUAAGCGCAAACAUGCGAAAUAAGGUGAAUUUCGAAAUAGAAAAAAACACACUUAUACACACACCGGAUUUGUGAAAACGUAAAAGAAUAAAACAAUCGUCAUUCUUCAUUAAAAAGCUGAUGACAACGCCCCGCAAGCGCUGCACUCAGUGUAAAAAAAUUUAAAACUCUAAAAUCAGUCCAACCGUUGUUGUUUCUAGUUGUAUUCAUUUUUUGCAGAAAAAAUAAUGGCACAAUGCAGCAACGACAAUUAAACACCAAAGGACAAUAAAAAUUUUACAAAACAACUUGACAAGUGAUCAUCUCCGCCUUUUUAUUCUGUGUGUUUUCAUAGUGAAAAAUAUAAAGCAAAAGACAGUAAAAAAAAUCAGGUUUCAAUCAAAAAUUAGUAAAACAGUGAAAAAGCACUUUACAGUGGGUGGCAAACAGGAGAAGAAAAAAAAUCGGCCAAACGAAAUAAAAGUGUGCCAUAGACAUGGGUUUGGAAAGAAGUGCAGUGAAAAGCAUGCACUUGCUAAUUAGUUUUAUUGCGUUUUUUGCCAUAAUUUCACAUCAAGCGCUGUUGGUGAGCGCAGAAGUGGAUGUGGAAGUUGGCGAAACAAGUGACAAACAUUCACAUGAGCACGACGCAUCACUCAGAAGUGAUAUAAGUUUUUUGGGUGGUGACGAUUUGAACAGCGAAGUUGAAAGUGUGCCAUUAGCAAAUUCAACUGGUCGCUCGGGCCGACUAUACAACUACGAUGACUAUUACUUGGGAUCAAUUGAUCAAUAUCCACAGUUUCCCGACCAAAGUGGUGGCUAUGACUAUGAUCCAAAUAGCCGUACUGCACCAACUGAGCCACCAACACAUCACAACGAUGGUAGAGGUUACACAAUAACACCGGCUCGUUUGACCGAACUGCGAAGUCAUUUCCUGUAUUGGUUUUUCGAUAAAGGUGGUGGCAAUGACAUUGGCGAUUUACAAAAGGAUAUUCACGCCUCAAAUCCACAACUGCAUAAGAACUUCAAUUUUCAAUUGCCAUUCUAUGGCUUUCGAUUUAACUACACUCGUGUCUCGAUGAACGGAUAUUUGGAAUUUUCGGAUCCACCCGAUCACUACACAUACCCAUUAUCGUUCCCAAUUAAAGACUGGCCCAAACGUAACGAUCCAUCGUUCAUUGGAAUUUUCUUCUCGAAAUGCCGAAUUGGACAAAUUUACCAAACCGACCAUGAUCAGCGUAUACCAGGCGUUUACUUCAGACAAGAACGUGAUUUGCAAACGCGUACGGAUCGAUUCGGUGUGGAGGUGCGUGAACGUGUUAUGUGGGAUAUUCGAGAAGGUGUUGUUGGAGCCGACACAUUUAUACCAAAACAUGUAGUUAUUAUCACAUGGAAAAAUAUGUCAUUCGCUGGUGGUAUCGACAUAGCGCUAUUCAAGACAAAUUCGUUCCAAAUGGUUUUGGCCACCGAUGAAGUGUACACCUAUGCCAUAUUCAACUAUAUUAAUCUGGUUUGGAGCUCCCACACCGAAGCCGGAGGUGACACAACUGGAGGUGAAGGCGGUGUUCCAGCAUUUAUUGGUUUCAAUGCUGGCAACGGAACGCAAGCUUACGAAUACAAACCCUAUAGCCAGGCAUCAGUAUUGCGUGACCUGACUGGACGUGGAUGGGCAAAUGGUUUUCCAGGCCGUCAUAUAUUCCGUAUAGACGAACGAAUUAUGCUCGGGACAUGCAACAAAGAUAUUGACGCUGCAUAUCUACCGUUGGUCUUUGCACCGGAAUCAGGCAAUAUGUUGGGCGGAACCGUUGUCAAUAUCACCGGGCCAUGUUUCGAUCCAAACGAGCGCAUCCUCUGCACAUUCGAUACGGAAAGUGUUGUAGGUCAUGUUAUUGAUCGAAAUCGAGCAAUUUGUGUACAACCCUUUCUAUUGGCACAAGGUUACAUUCGUUUCCAGAUUUCCAUUGGCACUGAACGAUUUAAAUGGAGAGGAUUGUAUUUUGUUGAAACACCGGCUACUGCAACCGAUCGAAUUUUCUUCCGCGGAAAUGAUGUGUAUGAAAAAGCACCCAAUGAAAUUCGCAUCGAGUGGAAUCGCUUUAAUUUGACCACGAAUUUAAACGCAGGCAUCACCAUUGGACUUUAUGGUUAUCGAGAAUCAACCAUUCGUCCUCAAUUGGAGUACAUCGAUUUGAUAGAAGGUGGAACGACGAACACAGGUGUUUACAUCAUUGGCACCGGCAACUAUCGCAAUCGUGACAAUCGCAAACAAGUUGACAUGCAAUUCGGUUUCAUUCAAAUAAAUUUAACUAACCCCGAACAAUAUUCAGGCCUUCCAAUUAGCCCGGUUUUAUGGUCGAAACCAAUUCCUCUGGGUUGGUAUUUCGGUCCGCAGUGGGAACGAAUUCAUGGUCGCAAUUGGCCGAGAGCGUUGUGUGAAAAUUGGAUUCGAACUGAUCGAUUCUUGCGUAAUUUUGCCGCUGAAAUCCCAUUGUGUCCAUGCACAUUGGAGCAUGCCAUUCAUGAUAAGGGACGUUUCUUGCCGGACAUUGAUUGUGAUCGUGACUCGAAUCCAUCGUGUUUACACCACAAAGGUGCCAUUCAUUGUGUUCGAACGGGGCAACCGAAUAUUCAGGGCUCAGAGCAACAGUGUUGCUACGAUCGUAACGGUUUUCUCUUGAUGUCUUAUGACCAAAUGUGGGGCUCAAGACCACGACGAAACCAUAAUAUCGGCGUUAUGCCAUGGAAUGAAGCCAACAAAGUGCCCACCUUAUCCACAUGGUUCAACGAUAUCCGUCCGUACUUUUCUUGUUGCGCCUGGCAAAGCGAACAAGCAGUCGGUUGUGAAACGUUCCGUUUUGAGCGUCGCCCAACACAAGAUUGUGUUUCAUAUCAAUCGCCAGCGGUUGCUGGAGUGUUUGGUGAUCCACAUGUUGUUACCUUCGAUAACUUGCAGUAUACUUUCAACGGAAUGGGUGAAUUCGUCUUGGUUCGUGUAAACGAUAGCUCUAUGCCGUUGGAUGUGCAAGGACGAUUUGAACAAGUGCCACGAAAUAUUCAUGGGUCAGUUAUGGCAACACAACUCACAUCGGUUGUUGCACGUGGUAAUUUCUCAACGACACCUAUUGAAGUUCGCCUUCGGCCAGCACAUGCUCAGUGGCGAUAUCGACUUGACGUUUUUGCCGAUGGACGUCGUAUUUACUUUGAUCGUCCAAGUUUGAAAUUCCAAGCCUUCCACGGUGUUACCGUUUAUACACCGACCUAUGUUUUGAAUCAAUCAGAAGUCGUUAUCAUGUUCUCAUCUGGGGCUGGUGUUGAAGUUGUUGAAAAUGCUGGAUUCUUAACAGCACGCGUUUAUUUGCCAUGGAAUUUUAUUAACAAAACUCGUGGACUGCUCGGUACAUGGACUUGGGAUAUGGCUGAUGAUUUCACACUGCCCGACGGUCGAAUUGUUGGUGCCAAUCUGAACAAUUUUGAAAGUACCCAUCGCGACUUUGCAAUGCACUGGAUGUUGGCUGACAGAGAGAAGCCCGGAGUAGGUGCAGCUUUAUUUACUCGUGAAUUUGGUCGGACGGCAAGUUACUAUGCAAAUGCAACGUUCCUUCCGAACUUCUUGCGUGAACCGAGAGACUUUAUACCGCCGAAUCGAACGGAAGAUAUCGAACGAGCGUCUGAGCUGUGCGGUGAAAGUUAUCAAUGUCGAUACGAUUAUGGAAUGUCGUUGAAUCGAGAUUUGGCAUAUUAUACGAAGUUCUAUUACGAUAAGAUCAUAAACAUCAAAGCAAUCAAUGAUCAUCGUGUAAUGUCGUGUGGUGUGCUGGAGACGCCACGAUUUGGACGGAAAUCAACAUUUUUAUUUACACCCGGCACACAUGUGGCAUACGAAUGUGAUCAAGGUUUUAUGCUGAUUGGAGAUCCCCGAAGAACUUGUACAUCCGAAGGAAAAUGGGAUCCACCAAUCUUCGGAUACACACAAUGCUUACGUGAGGUUUACUAUACGCAACGUGCUGCUUGGAUAGCAACUGGCGUUGUAUUUGCGGCCAUUCUUCCGAUUUUGAUGUGCAUUAUAUGUGCCGUUUACUGCUAUCGCAAACGGGCUCGUAAAGUUGACCCAGGUUGGAAGAUUACUUUGCCACGCUCACAGCGUGGAUCGCGUACGACGUUACGUCAACUGGCCAGUGACGGAAGUGACAGCGAUACGUUGAAAAAAAGUAGGUCAUAUGAAAAAGUAUACAGAACGCAUGAACCUCUAGAAGGCAAACCAAAUAUUGAAUUUCCAGCUAAAAAAUGGGAUUUAGACGAAGAAGAUUUCACAUCGUCCGAAGGUGGUAGUGAAUUUCCGCAGGGAAAAUUAGCUAAGGAUAUUAGUUAUGAUGAUUCACCACAGCGACAACCACCACAACAACAACAGCUUCAACCACAAUCCGAACGUCAAACUGGCCGAAGAACUCAGCGCCAACAACAACCGGAUACAAUACAAGAAGAAAGUUAUCUGACACGACCGACUGAAAUAUCGUCGGGUUUUAGUCCGGUGUACAGUGGUUUUGGUGGUGGGCAAGGUCGUCCACCAAGUGGUGGCAUUCGUGUUUUACCUACGCAAAAUCGAUUUUUCUCCGAUAGCACCGGAUCGCCAGUAUCGAGCGGAUCACCCGUUUUAACACAAAAUGUGGGUCUUCCAUCACCACCACUGAACAAUCGAUCGACAGAGGUUUAACAUGUAAGCACGUUAAGUCGACAGUAUCACAACUUCGUAUGCAAGAAAUAUAAGAGAAAAAUAAAUACGAACCGUCAUUAGUUUCUAGCUCGCAUUUCCCCCUUUUUUAUAUAUAAAAACCAUAAAUAUAUUGUAACUGCGUCUAUUUUAGUUUGUAGUAAUAAUUUUUUUCAAAUGGCAUACAAAUUUAAAGCUCCACAUCUCAGCCGGAAAUUGAAACCAACGCCACACAGUUCCAUGACCCGUUAAUUUUUAUAUCACAAAUGCUACACAGUACACACACCCCUUUGCACACAUCAAUCAAAUUUGCUCUCAUCGUGAACGGAAAAUAAUCAAACGAACCAGACUCAGGAUGAAAAGAAAAAUCCAGUGAAUUUACGCCAUUUUAUCCAUUAGCCAUCAUAAUAAUAAAUUUACAAUGAACGUUCAACAAAAUGCUAAAGAAAUAUUUUUGUAUUCACGAAAAAAACAAA